AGACACUGCACGCAGCACUUCAACAGAUUCAUAAUUGCUCCAGCUACCGCUAUGCUUGCUGAGCUGUGACGUGAAGGGGUGCGGCCUUGCUUGCUGCAAUUGGUGGAUUGAGGAGGCAAUGCAUUGAUAUAGAACCUAUGGUGGGCUCGAGCAGCGAGUGUGCUCGGCUACACACAGCUUAGACGUUGUGACUCAGUGUAUUGCUUACGAAGAUGGCCUCGGAGGGCCCAAGCAAUGAGGGUGCGGUGCCCUGGGGCGCUGCGCGGGCGGCAGAAGAGGCGGCUGCUGGCCAGGUAGCACAGGAGGGGCCAGCCGAGAAGAAGAAGUGGAAAGAAAAGCUGGGGCUCAAGGGGAAGGGGAAGAAGGGCAAGGCAUCGGGCAAGGGCACAGAUGCAGAGGCGGCACCACCACCGCCAGACCUGGCGGGGGAAGGGAGCAACGGGCAGGGGGACAGGGAGAAGGACAUUGGCAAGCUGAUGGAGGCGAUGACGCGGACGCUGGCGAAUGCGGAUAUGCGGGGCGCGCGGGGGGUGCCGAGCAACAAGGACCUGGACGCCGCAGCCAAGGCGGCGCACGCGUUUUGGGAGACGCAGCCGGUGACACAGUUCAGCGCAGAGCGCAGUGCGCCGGAGCUGCCCGAGGGGGCCAUCCAGCCGCCGCAGAAGGUGGAGGACGUGCGGCAGGAGCCGUACAAGCUGCCCAGCGCCUACGAGUGGUGCACCUGCGACGUCAAUGAUGCCCAGGAGAUCGUGGAGGUGUACACGCUGCUGACCAACAACUACGUGGAGGACGACGACAACAUGUUCCGCUUUGACUACUCCAAGGAGUUUCUGCGCUGGGCGCUCAAGCUGCCGGGCUACACCUCGCAGUGGCACAUCGGGGUGCGCGCCAAAACCUCCAAGAAGCUCGUCGCCUUCAUCUCAGGCGUCCCUGCGCGCAUCCGCGUGCAGUCUGCGGUGGUGCGCAUGGCGGAGAUCAACUUUCUGUGCGUGCACAAGAAGCUGCGCAGCAAGCGGCUGGCGCCGGUGCUGAUCCGCGAGAUCACGCGGCGCGUGCACCUGCGCGACACUUGGCAGGCGGUGUACACAGCGGGCGUGGUGCUGCCCAAGCCGCUGGCCACGUGCCGCUACUGGCACCGCAGCCUCAACCCCAAGAAGCUCAUCGACGUCGGCUUCAGCCGCCUCGCGCGCAACAUGACCAUGGCGCGCACCAUCAAGCUCUACAAGCUGCCCGAGCAGCCCCUCUCGCCCGGCAUCCGCCCCAUGCACCCCGCCGACGUCCCCGCCGUCACCGCGCUCGUCACCACCUACCUCCAGCAAUUCGCCAUUGCGCCGGUGUUGUCGGAGGAAGAGAUCGCGCACCUGCUGCUGCCCGCGGCGGGCGUGGUGAGCAGCUACGUGAUUGGCGGCGAGGGCGGGCGCGUGAGCGACCUGUGCAGCUUCUACACGCUGCCGUCGUCCAUCAUCGGCAACCCGGAGCACUCGACGCUCAAGGCGGCCUACUCGUUCUACAACGUGGCCACCAGCGUGCCGCUGGAGCAGCUCAUGACGGACGCCCUCAUCCUGGCCAAGCAAGACGACUUCGACGUCUUCAACGCGCUGGACAUCCAGCACAACGAGGCCUUCCUCAAGGACCUCAAGUUUGGGCCGGGCGACGGCUUCCUGCACUACUACCUCUACAACUGGCGGCUAAACAAGGAGUUGCAACCACGGCAAGUGGGGCUUGUCAUGCUGUGACGGAGGAGCAGGUGCGGGGAGUCCGCGAGGGAGAGGAACUCUGUGCACGCUUGCGGGUUUGCAGGGUUCAAAGCCAAGCCUUCACUCCUUCACUUGCUCUUCCAUCGGACUCAUGAUGGACCGUCAAAGAUUUUGCCGGCUGCCCUGUUGAGAUGAUUGAGUUUGAUGUACUUUGCACUACCUGUACGUACACAUUAAUAUUAAUGCGAAGGUCAGGGCAUUGCUUAGAUGCGCUUUCUUUAACAUGCAUACUACUAAAC